AUGGCUCAGAGUGACUUCCUCUAUCCAGAGAACCCAUGGAGAAGCCAAGAAGUAAACUGUCUUCAUCAGGAUCCCCACCAGCAGCUUCUUGAUUGCCUAUCUGAUAGCUUCCAUGCCACCAAUAAGCUGAUUGGGGUUUUAAACAUGCACUUGGGGGUAAAACUGGCCUCUGUUGAGAUGAAAAGAGAUGGGACCAUCAAAGAAAACUCUGACAUCAUCAUCCAAGCCAUGAUGAAAAUCCAAAAGGAAUUGCAAAAGGUUGAUGAAGCCCUAAAAGAUAAACUAGAGCCAACACUUUACAGAAAACUUCAAGAUAUUAAAGGAAGGGAAACAGAGAAAAUUGCAAUAAUACAAAAGGUCAUUUCAGUCAUCCUGGGAGAAGCUACUUCUGCAGCCAGUGCAGUCGCUGUUAAACUUGUAGGCUCAACUGUCACAACUGGCAUAAUUAACAAGUUGAUCACUGUGUUAGCUCAAAUUGGUGCUUCUCUCCUUGGUAGUAUAGGAGUUGCUGUUCUUCGUCUUGGCAUAGAUAUGAUAUUCUGUGCCAUCCUGGGAGCAGUGGAGAAAACACAGCUUCAAGCAGCCAUUAAAAGUUAUGAGAUACAUCUGGUGGAAUUCAAGUCAGCUUCAGAAAAAUAUCAUCAUGCCAUUACUGAGGUCACCAACACAGUGAAACAGCAAAUGAAAUGA